AUGGGGUCCUCGGUCGAUUCUCGGCACGUCGCCCGAGUGAUGCUCUCAUGGCUCGACCUUGAUCUCGUCUCUCUCACCGAGCUACAAUCUCUCUGGGCCGGCUACGGGCACAUAUGUGCCAUCAAGGCGCGCCCUCGCUCCGCCGGCGAUGAUCCAUCGCCAUCACAGAGCCGGCAGGCGCAUCGGCAACUGCCCAAGCCCGCUACCGAUGGCACCCUCCACCUCAUCCUCAAGCUCGUCUCCCCGCCCGCCAUGGACGGAGAUGAGGGCCACCUGCGCAAGAUGCUGAGCUACGAGGUCGAGCAGUCUUUCUACGAUCAAGUGGCGCCCCGCCUCCUCGACGAAGAUGGCGUGGCCGUAGCCCGCUGUCUCGCCUCGACGAGGCGCACGAGGAGCAGGGCAGUCGCCGACGGGCUGCAGGACCUGAUGGCCACCAUCCUCACCGAUCUGAGGGACGAGUUCCCCGUCGCCGGAGAGAAGCGGGCUCUCCUUUCACCCCGCCAGGUUCGCGCGGCCGUGGAGUGGCUCGCCAUGUUUCACGCCAGUUCUUGGAAGCGCCCCCUCGCCGACAUGGCCGACCUUGUCCUCCCGCCGCUGGAGGAGGCGGAGCGACGGGCAAGGCUGGCCGAUGAUUUCGCCGACGGCAAGUUCCUGUGGCUCAACGGAGGGUACACGUACCUCGCCACGCGAAGGAGCGAGUACGACAAGCUCGCUCGGGACCGCAAUUCCGAGUGGUCCUCUGCCUUUUGCGCGGCGCCUCCGGGCGUUGGCUCGGGAUCCAGCAUCGCCGAUCAAGUCGCCGCGGUGCUCACGCCCUGCGGUAGAGCAUUCGAGACCUACAUCCACGGCGAUGUCAAGUCGGAAAACCUGUUCUCCACCGACUCCGGGGACAGAGUCGCCUUCUUCGACUUCCAGUAUGCCGGCCUCGGCUUGGGCGUCUGCGACCUGGCAAAGCUCUUCACCUGCUCCGUCCCUCUCGAUAUGCUGGUCGGCAGCCGUGCGCUGCAGCACGCGGUGCCCAUGGACGACGGAGAGCGAGGCUUGCUGGAGGAAUAUCGCCACCUGCUGCUGCGCGAUUCCCCCGAAGGCCCGGGCCGGAGCCCGCUCGACUACGGAUGGGACACGUUUCGACGACAUUGGGAGACCGCCCUCGUCGAUUGGUGCCGCUUCCAGGCCUCCUGGGGCUUCUGGGGGAAUACAACCUGGCUGCAAGCGAGGGUGAGGUGGAUAUUGAAGGAUGAGAGCUGGAUGGGCUGGCUGCAGCAGGAGGCACGGAGUCGAACAGCUGGUUGCACCGAGAGCCGUGCAGCAUAG